UUGUGAAAGGGUCUGAUAGUUGAAAGGCGGAAGCGGGGGUUUAUCCUAGCGCGAAUUUUCUAGAGAAUUUCCCAAGUUUGUCUGUUGUCAACUCAUCAUAUUAUUUCACAACAUAUAAUGGCGGAUGGUGGAGGUCUAAUGGAUGGUGAUCUCGAAGAUGGGGAGAUAUCCGGCUCCAGCUCGGACACGGAGGUAGGAACCGCAGCAGCAGCACAAGCUCGACUCCAGGCUCCCCCAUUUUUCAGCGGGCAGUCUUCUCAGAACAGAGCUGCUGCUCAGCCCCCGUCUGCUUACCGCAGCGCCAGUAGGACGGUUGAGUCCAGCGACAGCGACCUAGAUUCGUCGGAUGAGGAGGCGGCUCUGUGGCGCCGUAAGCGUCAGAAAGUGUCCAACGCUCCCCAACCGCCUGCCUCCACCGCCCAGCCUUGGCCGACCAGUCUGCCCGCUCCCACUGCACCGGGAGGCCGCAAGGUGAACAACAUUUGGGGCUCCGUGGUUCAGGAGCAGUGCCAGGAUGCCAUAACUGCAGAGAUCGGCAUAUUUGGCAUGGAUGGUGAACUGAACAUGUCCAGCAGAAAUGUAGAGACUUAUAACUUUGUCCUGGCACGAAAGAUAAUGGAGAAGGAGAGGGAGAUAGAGAGGCAGUCGAAGAAUGAAGGAGAUGUGAGCAUGCUGGAUGCCCAGCUAGAGGAAUACAUGAAAGGCCAGGGGUCAGAGGACAGGACAGGAGGUGAUGCAAAGAGGAAAAGACCAGCUAAAGAGAGACUAGGUCCCAGAGCUGAGAUGGACAUCAAGGGCCGGUAUGAGAUCACAGAAGAUGACCCUGAGAACAAAGUGGCAGAUGAGAUAGCAUACAGGCUCCAAGAGCCUAAAAAGGACCUGAUAGAACGUGUGGUUAAAGUCAUUGGAAAGAAAAAAGCCAUAGAACUGUUAGGAGAGACUGCCACACUGGAAGAAACUGGUGGAGUGUACACCAUGGAUGGCAGCAGGCGACGAACACCAGGUGGGGUGUAUCUCAACCUCCUGAAGAACACACCCAGCAUCACCAAGGCACAGAUCAGACAGAUAUUCUUUGAAGAACAACAGAAAGAGUACAAAUGCAAGAAAGCUGCUCAGAAGAGGAGGCGGUGUGUGGUGGCCAAGAAGAUGAAGCAGGCCAUCGGCACACUAAAUCUGCAGGAGCAUGAUGAUGUCUCUAGGGAGACUUUUGCCAGUGAUACUAAUGAGGCCUUGGAAUCUUUGGAGGAGGCUGCAGAAGAGGAAGAGGAAGAGGAGGGUCAGGAGGAAGCUGCUGUGGGCACUGAGGAGACAGCGGUGGUCUACAGCUCUGCAGACCUUGAGGUCUUUUGAGGGCUGCCUGCUGUUUGAACUCUGGGAGGACUGAUAAUAGAUGUUUGAGGUUAAAAUUAGGUUAAAACACUGAAACCACUGUGUAAGUGAUAAUACAGAAUCACGCCUGAGUGUCCCUUUUUAACAGUAGCAAUUAAAGUAGAGCUUAUGUUAACAAAAGUAUUGUUUUUGUUUGUUAUGGCAUGGAGUUAUAGAUCUCAGCACAUGUAAAUGCAGAAUUACCACAGGAUGGUUUGAUUUGUUAUACACGUUUUGGCUUAAUUCAAAUUUGAAAUGAUCAAAAAGAAGCAUACUGGGGUAAGAGCAAUGCACUCUUGCCCAUUUUCAAAUGCACUGUCUGCUAUAUUUAUUAAUUUAACUAGGUGGAAAAUAAAGGUAACUCAGGUAAAAUGA